GUGGCGCAACACGCUGUAUCGGGAUUAGGAUUUGCGUUCACGACGAAACGUCGCUGGGUGUUUUUUGUUCUUCUUCCCUCUAAUGUGUGUUCAUAAAAGUGCGACCAUUACAAAAAUAGCCUAAUGCUGUGGAGAGUCUGGCUGUGAGGGCCAAAACAAAACGGCCAAGACGGACGACGGGGAGGACGUUCUCCAUUUCGCUAAUAAAAUUUUCCUCGCAUGAUUUGGUCACGGCUUGUCGCAUCGCGGUGUUCGAUUUCGCGGGUGCGCUCGAUUCGGGGAAGGUGAUUAGCGUGGGUGUUCUUCGGUGGAUGGUUCUGGGAAUGCAGGGGACGAUUGCUCAUGCUACAGGGGAAUAGACGCGUGAAAAGCCGAACGCGGUGCGGAGUAGGGCAGUUUCAAUUUGAAUUGUGGUGAAAAAUAAAAAGCUUCUGAACUAACAGGAAGUAUUAACAAAAGGCAGCGAGAGAGUAAGAAUGAAGGGAGCGGUUCUCGGGGUGGCAGCAGUGGUGAGACGUUCAAAAAGUAGUGGAGUGUUUUGAGCACGAAGGCAUAAUUUUCCUUGGUAAAAGGCAGUGACGACCGAGAAGAAAAUGUUGAAACGUGAAUAAAAGCCUUGCUUUUCCGUGUCCCUUUUCUUUGGAUGAUGUACAACCGAAAACAAGCUCCGUACAUCACAGUGAAUUAUUUUUCAGACGAUUGUCGAGCUAGCGGAGCGUUCAGCCAAAAGUUUACUAGAUCAAAAGUUCUUUCUUCCCUCGGCACGCAUACAUCGGAAACUGGCAGGUUACAUGUGAUAUCGACGUGGGAAUUUAUGACCCAGCCUGAAAUGAAUGGGACAAAGUUGCAACUACUGGAUUCAUCCGUGAGAGAUAGAGAUCAUCAUCAAAUGCAGUCGACCGCAGUUGCAACUUCAUAAAAGGUUCAGACUAUUGUGCUUCCCUGUACAACACAACUGUCACCCCCCGCACGCGUGCCGACACUAAAGGGAGAAACGAGGACACUCUGGAGAAGCUGAAAAUGAAAUUUAAUGGUUUCGUGAAUGUUUUAUGCUGCAAACUGGUGCUAAUUAUUAAUUUAGCAGAUGGGAAGCUGAUGCACGAGAAGGACAAACACGAGCCUUACAACGUGGAAGGCGUAGAGGGACGCAGUAUCGAGUUACAGUGCCCAAUUACCGUUCCACUGUUCGAAGUGAGCAUGGUGCUCUGGUUCAAAGACAACGCCGGGAUUCCUCUGUACAGCGUGGACGUACGUGACAGAGUUGCCCGGCAGCCGGCGCACUGGUCAGCGCCUGAAGUAUUUGGCUCACGUGCCAAGUUCAAUAUUGAUAAAUCACCUGCAUCCCUGCUGAUAAAGAACCUUAAACGCCACGACCAAGGCAUCUAUCGCUGUAGAAUAGAUUUUCGGACUAUUCAAACCCAGACAUAUAGAUACAACUUAACGGUUAUUGUGCUGCCGGAGCAACCGGUGGUCCUGGACCGCUGGGGACGACUGAUGAAUGGAACCAAGCUCGGACCCAAGGAGGAAGGCGAUGACGUCGUGAUCACGUGCCGCGUUUCAGGAGGUCGUCCCCAGCCAGAAGUACGGUGGCUAAUCAAUGGCGUAAUUGUGGAUGACCAGUACGAACAGAAUUCCGGCGAUAUUAUCGAAAAUCGGUUACUGUGGCCAACUAUCCAGCGCAGUGAUCUGAAUUCGAUAUUUACAUGUCAGACCAUGAAUACCAAACUCGUCGAAGCGAAAGAAACUAGCUACGUUCUGGAUUUGCACUUGAAACCACUUUCAGUGAAAAUAGUCGAUCCACCGCAGGCCCUGAUAGCGGACAACCGAUACGAAGUAUCCUGCCGAAGUGGGGGCUCCCGGCCCCACGCUGUUAUUACAUGGUACAAAGGCAAGCGUGAGAUGUUUCAUACCAAAGAGGACACCCACAAUCAUAACACAACCGUCUCCACGCUUUCCUUCACUCCGAAAAUCGAGGACGAUGGCAAAAAUAUGACAUGCAGAACGGAAAACCCCUCCGUGAAGGGAUGGUUCCUGCAAACUACUUGGAAAAUGAAUGUCGUUUACGCACCACUUGUCACAAUCCAGCUAGGAUCGACGUUAGUUGCCGACGACAUAAAGGAAGGAGAUGACGUGUAUUUCGAGUGUCAUGUUGAAUCAAACCCUUCCUGGAAAAAACUGCUCUGGUUUCAUGACGACACGCUGCUGCUGCACAACGCUUCCGCCCGGGUUAUUCAAACCAAUCAGAGCCUGGUGCUGCAGAAGGUGGUGAAGCAGUCGGCCGGAUAUUACGCUUGCAGUGCAAUCAACGGCGAAGGGGAGACCGUCAGCAAUCAGCAAUUUCUUCGGGUGAAGCAUGCUCCGGUGUGUGACCACGAAAAAAUCGUCCUAAUUGGUGCAUCGAAAAACGAAAAUAUGGAAAUUUUAUGCGAGAUUUAUGCAGAUCCUCCAGCCAGGUCUUUCCACUGGCGCUUCAAUAAUUCCGCGGAAAUCCUGGAAGUUGACUCGCACCGCUACUCGAACCAUGGUAACUUCAGUGUACUGCUCUACACUCCCGUUGCGGUACAGGAUUAUGGAACACUCUCUUGCUGGGCUUCCAACGAAAUCGGAGUUCAAACUGAACCAUGCUUAUUUCAGGUGAUUCUGGCUGAUCUUCCAAUGCCGGUUAGCAACUGCACGCUGUACAACCAAACGCAACAGUUUGCCGAGAUUCAGUGUGCACCUGGCUAUGACGGCGGUCUACCGCAGAUGUUUAUGCUGGAAUUGGUCUCCAAGAGAACGGGAACGAGAAGGUUUAACUUUUCCAACAAACACGAACCAUACUUCAUGCUGGAUCGGUUGGAGAAACUAUCUGCCCUGAUGGCAGCGGAAAACAAUUCACUGUCAUGUGUAGUGUACGCCAUCAAUCAGAAAGGGGCCAGCCAGGGAAUCGUCAUCCCCAAUUUCGAAAUAGGCCACGUCCAUCGCUUUCAAUCAGCGAGCAAACACUCGACCGAAUGGCUCCCGAUAGCACUUGGAGUUCUGCUUACCAUCAUAAUAUUGGCCCUCUCAAUUUCCACCAAAGCGUACUUCGGUCAGUGCUGGUUCAUCUGUCGGCGCGGUGAAGCAAGCCAACGGGACGAUUUGAAAGUUGCACAACAAACAAAAAAUAUUGUGAUAUCCAACAAUUUCGAGUGCGGAACUAAUUGCUUGAAGCGGAAAAAUACACAACCGCACAACCAGCAACACCAGCAGCCACAGCAGCAGCAGCAGCAUCGUAGCAGUUUGCGGAAGAAAAACGCCUCAAAGGAAUCCAACGACGAUGAACCGGACCCGGAUGUUAUUCCAGCCCAGUUUAAUAUGAUUUCGUCUUCCCCGAUGAUAUCGACUCCAAUGCUCGGUACCAGGGAAAAGGACGACAGCUACGCAUUUGUCGACUAUUCGGCAAACUCGUACUACCUUAAUCCGAUAGACCUAACCAAUCUCAGUAGCACCGGCGUGGGCUUGGACUGUUCAACGGCGGUUAUGGUCGGUGGCCACCCGCUUACGAUGGCACUGGAAAGCAGUAGCGGGAGACAUCAUCCCAUGCCGGUGCACAGCGGACCACCUAUACAAUAUCCGAGUGCAAAUGCAACUAUUAGCUCUGGCGCUGCCGGUGGAUCCGAUCUGGACAUCAAUGUGAUUAAGGAUCGCCUCAUGACGACACGUGUACCGGAGAGCUGUGUUUGACCGGUGACGAACGAAGCCGUGCAUCGUUUCAUUCGAGAUUCCAAACAAAGCACGUGGAUCCUCGUGUGGGCAGCAGCAACAACAUAUCUCUUUCGCUUGAAAUCGUUGUACAUUCAUUCGACAAGUCUACUAUUCGUCCUGUGUGAAGAGGUGUGCACUCGUGAACCAUUUUCUACUGCUAGUAGAGUAAAGUCUUACCGAGUAUUUUAGAAGAUUAAAGUAUGUUGUACAGAUUUGUAAA